ACGCGCGAAUUGCCCACCCACGAUGGGCCAAUAGUAGAGGGAGAGAGCAGUGCUAGCUUUUGUACCCACGUGCAGGUCCCCGUACCGCUCUUAGUUAGUAGCUUGUAGUCAGUGUAGAACUAUGAAGAUGGAUUCCCUUAGCCAACAAAACUCAUGUAAUAGCGUAGACGGGGAUUCAAACGACCCUGGGAAAAUGUUUAUCGGAGGACUAAGUUGGCAAACCACCGCAGAGGGACUAAGAGAUUAUUUCGGCAAAUAUGGAGCUAUUAAAGAGACGACUGUUAUGAAGGAUCCAGUAACACGGAGAUCUCGGGGCUUUGGCUUUGUAACCUACAUCGACCCAGAAAGUGUAGAAAAGGUUUUAAGUAGUGGACCCCAUGUAAUAGAUCAGAAGCAGGUGGACCCCAAGGUUGCAGUUCCAAAACGACCACAACCAAAGUUGGUGACAAAAACAAAAAAGAUCUUUGUCGGAGGUCUGUCCAAUUCCACAACAGUGGAGGAUAUAAAGAAUUACUUUGGCAAUUAUGGAAAGGUGGAUGAGUGCCAGCUGAUGUUUGACAAGAACACACAGAGACAUAGAGGUUUUGCAUUUGUUACGUUUGAGAUGGAAGAUGUUGUGGACAAGAUCUGUGAAAUUCACUUCCACGAAAUAAAUAACAAAAUGGUGGAAUGCAAGAAAGCACAGCCAAAAGAAGUGAUGAACCCGACAAAUCUGACCAGAGGUAGGGGUUUGGUUCAUGGUGGUUACGAAAUUGCAAUGCACCUGCAAAAAACGGGUCUUGAGCUCUUACCUAUGAAUCCAUCCGAAGCACUUGCAAGUUACUUCCCUGGGUUCCCUACCUACGCAGCAGCAUAUGGACGUGCUGGUCUCCCAGCCUAUGGACCAGGCUAUUUUCUUCCAACAGCAGGCAUUGGUGCCGCAUUUGGUGCAAGCCGUGGCAGAGGUCGCGGUCGAGGCGGAUACAUUGGUUAUGGUGGAGCAACUGCUUCUCCUGGCUUCCCUGGUUACACAUUUGUCCCAGCUCCUGUCAAUGCAGCGACAGCAGCAACAGACAGGCAGGCUGCCGCGGCGGCUGCAGCCGCUGCUUACUAUGCUGAAUACAGUCCGAACCCAGGCAGUCACCAGUUGGCCGGCACUGCUGUACAGCGCAGUGAGCCCUCACCCAUGCCAAUAACUAGUUCUCCCAUGCACAGGGAUCAUUUUACACAACAGCGCACUGCAGGUACUUACUAUGGUGCCAUGGGGCUCAAACAAACAGCAGCAAUGCUGAACAACUUCCCACAGGGAUAUGGACCACCUACCUCACCUGCUAACAAUCGCGGAUUCCCUCCAGCCAACAGUCCCGGCCCUAUCGACAUGACCUACAACUCCAAUGACAGUCUGAGUUACGUACCAGCAGCCAGCCCGCAGCCGACAGGAUUCGCACCUAAUCUUGCUGUAAGCAGAGGUCCCCUGAUUGCUGCCGCUUUCAAUGGCUACCAUUGAGCUGGUUCGCAUCACAAAACAAAGGGGUUUGGCAGUUCCAGCCAUGGGGGAUACCCUCGGAAUUUCUAAUCUCGCAAUCUCGUAUCUACAAGUCUACAGAUGAGAAGAGUGUAUUUUACAGGGAUUUUACAAGGACUUUUUAAAACCAAUGGGAAUAUGGGUCUUUUGUUGCAUUUUAUGGGAGAGGAAAUGAAGAUUUUAUUGUAAUAUAGACAAUUCAGUGCAUGUUGUGUAUGUUGAUGUAUACACAUGUUCUGUGGAACUACUAAGUUUUAACUACUUGUAAUGUAUGAAAUUGUAAUUAUAUAUAAUGAACUGUUGUAGCUUCUAGUGAGUAGAUACUUUGUAGCAUUUGACUAAUAUUUUGGUGUGUAGUGUGUUAGAUAACAUAAUCAAAGAACAAUUUCAUAUCAGAAAGUUUUUAAGUUCCAAUCAACAUCAAAAUAUAUAUAGUUCAUUAUAAUUAUUAUUAUUAUUAUGAUUCUAAGUGAUAUAAUUUUAUGUAGAUAUAUAGUCUUUUUCUUCAUUUCCCCUUUUACAAUUGGUCUUGGUUGCUCUAUUUUUAUAUCAGUUGUCUUAGCAAAAGACUUACCUUUUGGCAUGUCUCAAUUCGAAUAUUUUUGGCAAAGUAUUUUGAAUUUUGGACACUUUUAUUAUGUAGUAAAUUUAGAAGAUUUAGAUUUAGGAGAAUGUAAAAUGCAUCCUGUUACCGGCACAUAGUAAUUAGAGAGAGAGCGCGAGAGAGAGUGAAACACAAGUUUUCCUUGUCAUUUUUGACAACAGUUAACUUAUUGAUUCAAAUGCAAGCAAUAUAUUGUAUGAAAUGUAAAUUAUUAAAAACCUGUAAACUCCAUUUAUAUGUAUUUUAUGUGAUUGAAGUAUAUGCUACUUAAUUAUUUGAAGUGGUCCACCUGCUGUAUGUAUGAUAUGAGUAGGAGUCAGGCAGGUGGAAAACAUGCUAUUUUUGCUGGCUUGAACUGAUAUUUAUAAAAUAGAGUGGACUUUUAAAACAGAAGGGCAUACAUACAGUGAAGGGUGCAAGACAUCAACUUUGUAGUCAGUUUAAAAAAAGAAAUGGUGCUGCACUUUUAAUAUGGUAACUGUCUCAUUCUCGUUUUUUCAUUCAAAGUUAACUGAACUUUAUGAUAACCAUUGUUGAGAUUGGUUGACUUUGUCACAUGUUGAUUCCAGUAUUUUGUGAAGUUAUGUACUGUAGCUUGUCUGUUUAUGAAUGGUGCUGAUGUCACCCCGUCCACCAUCCUGGGGCCUAGCACGCCAGAAUCGUGUGAAAAGCAAUAAUAAUUCUUGGGAAUGUAGCAUCUUCAUUGUAGUAUGCCCACAUAGUUGAAAUGCUGUACAGAUAAAGUGAGCUUUUAGGCAAAGUUCCAUAUCUAUGCCUCUUUCAGAUACUUUUUAGUCAGACCAUAAAUUGUGCCGACCGGAGCAGCUUUUAGUAUAGCAAAAUUAUAAUAGUCGCUGAUCACUCCAUUUUUACUGAAAACCCAAUUAAGGGCACACAUAAACAUGUAGUUGCCCAUUUUACAUGCCAUUUGUUUUUUUAGAUGAAGUUCUACAGCAUUUGAGCAGAAAUAUCACUUAGCAUUUACCUCCUAAACUGUGACACAAAGGUCAGCAUGUAAAUUUAUUUCAUCAAAAAUCAUUUUUACAACCAAGUCCAUGGGGGCUGUGUUAUUUUUUAAGUUCUAUUUUACUUCUUCCAUGUACAUGUUUCUCAUGUACACAUUGUACAGAAUUCUUAGUCUAGUGUGUAAGCUUGCAGUCAAUAUUGGUCUAGUUGGCAAGGGUUAUAGGGCAACGCUAUAUAGAGCAGUGCAGGUGCACAUGUAGUAGUCUGUGUAGUGAAGCAGAAUAGAAUAGGAGCACUUGUAUAUUGUUAUAUUGUAUGCUGUUGAAAAGUGAAUUGUAUCAAGGCCACAAAUUAGUUUCACAGGCUUCUGGAAGUCUGGUGCAACGUCCCUCUUUGAUAAACAUAUGAGAACCACUAUCAUCACCACCUGAAAUUGCCUGUUGCUGUUUCAAAUUGGAUUGUUAUUCAAGAUGUACAAUAGACAAUCAAUGUUAAUUUAUUGUCACCAAAUAUAAGGUUUUAUUGAUUUGAAAAAGUUAAAUUUAUGAUCUCCAAAUUUCAUUUACUAGAUAGUAAAGGCAGUAGCUAGAUGAUAGGCAAAAAGGUGGGUGGAAACCUUGAGACCAUGUGAUCAACAUGAGGUCAAGUAAAGAGAACUGAGGACGAACAGUGAUAGUUUUUAUAAAACAAUUUUUGGUCGGUUUUAAAUCAUUUCAGACUAAUAUUUUUAUGGGGUGUGAUUUUAAGUAUCUUUGGAAUUGGACUAAUAAUUUGAGAUGGUCACAUGGUUUCCAAGUUUUCCACAUUUUCAGCCCAUUAGUCUUAACCAAUUCAGACUGAUUAGUGUAUACCUUUACCACACCAAUGCUAACAUUCCGCUUGUUGUGUUAGGUAGGGCAUGGACCACUAACAAUAUCAAUCCUAUCUUCCAAAUAUUUAGAUCUGGCAGAAAAUUUGACGUGUCCGUUUUUUUAAAUCGCGUCAGCUGUGCCAAAGAUGAUAUCAAGUAUCAGGUAAUUCUGUUUGUAGAGAUUGCAUUGGUGUGGCAGGGCAGAAAAAAAGCACAACAUGGUUCAAGUUUGACACAUUACUGUUAUUUUUAUUGCAAGUUUUAAACGGGAAAUAUUAUUAUAAACAUCAUAUCAAUACCAAUUUUAAUGUAUAAUGUGCAACAACCUAAUAAAACCAAUGUUUUGAAAAUGUAAA